GCACACGCACCAGGCCCUAUGCCGCUAGGUGACUCCAAGGAGCAGAAGCGCAUUGCGGAUCUUAUCAACAAGAUUACCAAGGAGAACACACCGCCGCCUGGCCUAAGCCCAGAGGAACUGGAAAAUCAAGAAUGGCGACGAUCCGCUCAAGCCAUUCCCAACAACACAAACCCAACAACCGGCGAAGUCAAUGGGCCGCGCGGACCCGAACCAACGCGUUUUGGUGACUGGGAGCGCAAAGGACGUGUGUCAGACUUUUGA